GUCAAAUGGAAGUAUAUGUCGUUUUCAUUGAUGUAAUCUAAAUAACAUAAAUGAGCGAGUAAUUAAACACGGGGACGUGCUUGCGCUUGUUGUAUUUAUCAGCGGUGUUUUCUGGUCUCACCCGCUCGCCAUGAACGCCACAUACUCGAUGAGGGAGGAGUCUGCAGCUGCGGUCUCUGCACUACAUUACCCACAAUCCCGAGCGCGCUUUGAACGGCAACAGCUCGGGAUGUUGCGAUAUCGUUGGCAGCCAGAGAACGCUGUGGCUGCACAGAUUGGAGGGGAAAAAAACCACCGGCCGCUCUUUACAAAUUGAUAGGGACGUGUCACGUUUUGAGCUUUAUUCUCAACGGUGUCGACGUGCUACCGAGCGGCCACACAGCUCGACUGAGGAUGGGAAUAUUGGUCGAGCGAGGCUGUUUUCCAUCGUACUCGAAGCCCCUCAACGUCAGAGGAUAACCCGGAUAACCUUAAACACGAAAUGUCAUAGCGCGCGAGGAGCUAGCAUCUAGCUAGCUGCUACGAGAGAUGGAAGAGAACGCCGAUGUUUUCGUCGGAUCAAACCAGCUAAAUAGCUACAAAAGGGAAUAGUGUAGGUUACCCGGAGGAUGCUAUUUUCGCCACCCGCUGCUGUGUAAUUCACUUACAUAACAGCUAGGCGCAACCGUGUUUGGCGUGCCAAUUUUCAUUUUGCCACCCAAAUCUAUGUUUUGGCGUCAUCGUCACUGAUUUGUGUGUUUGGAUGCUGCAAAUAGACACCCAGGCAGAGCAUCCCUAUUAAGCCACAAAUCCGCUCUCCUGUCGUUUUUGACGCCAUGAGGAAGUUCUUCGAUUCCCGUCGGGAGUUGGUCAGCUCCGGACCGGGUUCCGGAGGAGGUGGCAGCAGCUCCGGGUCCAGCCACGCCGGGGGGAACUUCAUCGGGCGAGCCUUCACUGUGGGCCGCCACCAAGUCACCGUGGAGGAGAUCAUAGCCGAAGGUGGCUUUGCAAUCGUGUUCCUCGUGAAAACAAACCAGGGCGUGCGCUGCGCCCUGAAGAGGAUGUACGUCAACAACGAGUACGACUUGCAGGUGUGCAAGUGUGAAAUUCAAAUAAUGAAAGACCUUGUGGGCCACAAGAACAUUGUGGGUUAUCUGGACUCCAGCAUCACAGCCAUGGGGUCGAGGGAUGUGUGGGAGGUCUUUAUACUGAUGGACUACUGCAAGGGUGGCCAGGUUGUUAAUUUGAUGAAUCAAAGGCUGCAGACGGGCUUCACAGAGGCGGAGGUGCUUCAGAUCUUCUGCGACACAUGUGACGCCGUGUCUCGCCUUCACCAGCGCAAGACACCCAUCGUCCACAGGGACCUUAAGGUGGAGAACAUCCUCCUGCACGACAAAGGUCAUUAUGUCCUCUGUGACUUUGGCAGCGCCACUACCAAGUCCCUGAGUUCACAGAGCGAAGGCGUAGCCGCUGUGGAGGAAGAGAUUAAAAAAUACACCACUUUGUCAUAUCGUGCACCUGAGAUGGUGAACCUCUACAACAACAAACUCAUCACCAUUAAAGCGGAUAUCUGGGCGCUGGGCUGUUUACUCUACAAGUUGUGCUUCUUCACUCUGCCAUUUGGUGAAAGCCAGGUGGCCAUUUGCGAUGGCAGUUUCACCAUUCCGGACAACUCCCGCUACUCUUACGAUCUCCACUGCCUCAUUCGCUACAUGCUGGAGCCUGACCCAGACAAAAGGCCAGAUAUCUACCAGGUAUCCCACUUUGCCUUCAAACUGGCACAGCGGACAUGUCCUGUUCAGAAUGUGAAGAAUUCUUCAAUUCCUUCCAAACUUCCUGAGCCAAUCAAAGCGAGCGAAGCUGCUGCAGCGAAAAAGAGUCAGGCCAAACCCAGACUGACAGACCCGAUCCCCACCACUGAAACUUCCAUCACUCCUCGUCAGAGGCCCAAAGCGGCUCAUACUCAGACCGCUGCCGGGAUCCUUCCCAUCCAGCCCGCUUCCCUCACCCCUCGCAAGCGGGCUAAUCUCCCUGGUGGAACAGCUCAGCCUGUUGGAGUCAGCUUGGAUCUCUCGCAGCCAGCUGCGGCCCUCAAGUCACAGAAGGCGCAGACGUGUGCUUUGCCUCUCAUCCAGUCACAAAACAACUCCAGUAUGGCUGCAGUGGCACAGAAGCAGCCUGCUUCAGCAUCAGAAGCUACAGCCGCCGCUGCCGUAGUGGCACCUGUGCCCAAGGCAGAUGUCCAACCGCAGGCCCAAGAACAGCUGACCACCGCCCAGGAAACAGCCCCGCCUCCGUCCACGGCCAGCGCCACCUCACAGCAGGCGCUGCAGUGUCCGUCCAGCCCGGCUGCACCUCAGCGUCCUGCUCGACGCAAGCCGCCCGUCCAGGCUCAGACUCCUUUGCCCAACAAAUCAGCUGCCGGUCAAUCGGCGGAUGAGCAGCAGCAACAGACGAGUCAGCCGUCAGUCAUUCAUGCUCAGUCGGCUGCCACGGAAGUCGGGCAAAAAGCAGCUGAGACAACCCCUCCUGCUUCACCAAAGACAGUGGAGGCGCAAAGCCACAAACGUGUUCCAAAUGACGUCACAGCCAGCGCCACCGAUGACGGCAGUGCAAACGCCUCACAGGCACCAGAGGAAGACAUCGUCCACACUCAGAUUGGAUCCAUCCAACCUUAUGGCGAUCUAGUUCAGGACCAAAACAUAGUCCCCGCCUCCAGCGGUGACUCGACUUUACCGCCGACGUGGAACCCGUUCGACGAUAAUGACAGCUUCUCCAGCUUUACCUCAGAGGAAGUCAAAUCCAAGGAUGCAAAGCCUACCGACCCGCCCUCAGAGUGUGAAAUGCCUUGUGGAGAGUUGAUACCAGGCUUGCAGGCCUCACACAGGGAGAAUGCAGAACAAGACUCACAAGCCGAAAGACCAUCAUCCAUCGGCGACGCUGAUUUAGGAUCUGUUGGACUGUUGGUCGUCCCGGAUCCAUUCCAUACGCUUGAACUUUCCAACGCACCAGAGAAACUUAUUGAAGGACUAAAAUCUCCAGACGUAUCUUCACUCAUGCUUCCUGACCUGCUAUCUUUGUCUGAUCCUUUUGGCGGUUCUGUGGAGGACUCUGCAAAAGAUCACAUCACUGCUGAGGCCUCUCUGCUGGGCUGUUCUCUGAUCGCGGGUCCGUCCGCACCUCCAGCAGCUGCGAGCAGCACCGCCUCCUCCUCAAUGUCCUCCGCCUCUGCUGCGUCUGCUCUGGAUGAGUUUGCUCUUCUGUCUGGAGACUCUGCACAGGCCAAAACAUUAGACUCAUCCCUCCUCAUCUCAGACUUCGAGCCUCAGCAAACCAGCGCUGAGGUGGCCACGGAGGACGAGUUUGACCCAAUCCCCGUGACCGGACGCAAGAACUCCCAAGUUUCAGGAGGCCACUCGCGCAGUAACAGUGGUGGCUCUGAAUCCAGCCUGCCCAGCUUGGCCCGCUCCCUCCUGCUGGUGGACCAGCUCAUCGACUUGUAGGCCGUAACCCCCACCGCCCGCUCAGUAGAAGCCGUAACACUGGAUUAGAGUCAUGCCAUAGCUCAUUUACGGCCGCCAUCUUCUUUCUAGUGUGUGCGUCCAUCCCUCGCCAUCCGCUCCUUUCCCAUCCCAGCAACAUUAUUGGCUUCACCACCUCACCAUUCUCUCAUCUUUUUCCUCUCCAUCUCCAUCCUUUCUCAAGCUUAACCUUUGAAUAUGACAUGAUGUCUGAUAGCGAAAACAAUAGCUCAUUGUUGUCAUGUACAAUAGGCAUAGUGCUAAGUGAUCGUAGUUCAUUGUGCACAAGUGAAUUUGUCGUUGUUUGCCUUGGUCAGAUUCUCCUCCUGCCCUGUUUUAUUUGCACAUUUUAAGAGCUUAAAAUUCAUAUUUUUCAAAAAGGGAGACAUAUCCAGUAUAAGAGAGAGAAAUGUAGUUUUGCUUUCCCAUUAUUGAUGAGUGAACGAUAUUAAACCACCUUAUUUACGCAAAGGAGAAGCAAUAAAAGGGUUCUAUUAUCAGAAGGCAACAUUUGAGCUCAAGGCUUCACAAACGAGCCUUGUCUUGCACCUUCGCUUGUGCAUCAAGCGUCCAGACUAAAAAAAAAUAAUCCCCCCUCCAACGUCACUUUCAAGCCUCACAUCUGCAACUUGGUAAUAGCAGUUGUCUCUCAAGACCGGCACCAACUCAUCCCUCCUUCAUCCUCACCAAAGUGAAAACCACACCUGUUUUUACUAAAAGGAAUAAAACUACAAGAUUUCAGGGUUUCGCGAGUCCGAUUAAAUAUUAGGGCCACGCUGGAUAAAUCGUAAAAUUUUGAGGAAAAAAAGUUGUAAUAUGACUUCAUUCUAGUAGACGUUUUCCAGUAAAAUAACAAAUAAACUUUUGUUAUUUUACUCUUAACUUUACUCUAAUUACGAAUUGUGAAUUUUUUUAGUUAUGAGUAAUAACUUUAUUCUACUUGAGUCACAACUUUAUUCUCGUAUAAAUUGAGAUUACAACAUUAUUCCAUUUACAAAUUCGGACUUCAUUCUCAAAAUAUUACAACUUGAUUUUACUUAAAAAUUCUGACAUUUGUUUGAGCACUACGACUUCAUUCCGUUAAAAUUUUACUUUUUCCAGUAAUGCAAAAAAUGUAUUCUCGCGUGUUACAACUUGCAUUUUAAAAUGAGACAUUUUUCUUGUAAUAUGAGUAUUUUUUCUAGGUAAAUUGCAACUCCAUUCUAUUUAUAAAUUUUGGAAAUUUUUUCUUGUAAUAUUACAUCUUUAUUUUAGGUACAAAUUAUGACUUGUAAAACUAUGACAUUAAUAUAGUAACAUUACUUUUUUACUACGACUAUUCUUGUAAUAUGACAACUUUAUUCCAUAUACAUAAUGACUUUUAUUUGAUUUUAAUUUUAUUACGUUUAUCUUCUUAAUAUUCACAUUUAUUCUAGUUCUUAACACUUUCGUCUUGUAAUAUUUAAACCUAUUUUCAUAAUUUUACAAUCUUUGUGGCCCUAAUAUUCCUUUGUAAAAGUGAAAUGAUCAACAGUGCUCCUGAACUGGCAAACACAACAGGAAAUAACGACACACAACAGCAAGUUAAAAAACACUACAGCAAAUAACGAAUCACAACAGCAAAUCGAAAAUGCAACGACAAAUAAACAUAACGACAAAUAACUAAACAACAGCAAAUAACUAAACACGGCAGCAAAAUAACUAAACACAACAGCAAAAGAAAAACAAAACAACAAAUGAAAAAAAAUGAAAAUGUUCUUUUAUUAAUAUUUUCUGCUGUUUUUAUUUGUUGUGAUUAGCUAUUUGCUGAUUUUUUUUUUUUAUUUGUCGUGUUUAGUUAUUUGCUUUUGUUUUGCACUUCAGGGCCACUGUAAUGAUCUCAAGAAGAAGCGUUUUUGUUCUAUAAAAGGGAAGUUAAAUAACAUUUGUACAGUGUUCUGUUGAAGAGUUCAUCCUUAAAGCUGCUUAAAAAUUAGCCAUAGCCACAUAGCCUUCAUUUGUCAAAUUACUCUGAAUAAAAACAUUUCCUUGUGCCAUUAAAAUAUAUGUGAAACACAGUGGAAAUUGUGCAAAAAAAACAAGGCUCCAAAACAAAGUCCUUUCACUCCACUAUAUUCUAAUAUUAUCUUCUAUUUUGAGGCAAGCAAUGGGUUGCUUUGCAACUCACACUGACAAAGCAGCUCAUCUAAUAGCGGUUAGCGGUGUGCCAGCUCAAUUGAAAGACUCAUGUUUCUGUUGAUGCUUAUGUGAGUAAUAUUCAAACAGCAGCGCAUAAAUCGACCAACUAUUAAUAUUCAAGAGAUUUUAUUUUGAAAUUCACACGUUCUUGUGAGAAUUUAGUCGGAAAUCAUACAAAAAAGUAAAACACAGUAUUGCACUCUACACUACAUUUAUGACUGGAAAUGUUUUCCAGCAACAUGAACAAGACACUCUAAAAACACAGGAACAAAAAUGCCAUACUUUUUCACAAAUACUCUAAAUUUCAGUGUAGUUCCUUUUUUUUUUUUUUUUUUUUUUUUUGUAGUCCAGAGGUAUCAUAUUUUCUAAUCUAGUAUUCACCCAGUCUACCACAGUACAGUCAAUGUGGGAUAAAAAUGCAAUGUUGACAAAUUUGAAAUUUUUUUUUAAGGGAUGAAGUAAUCUUUACCCUUGUCCCCACUCGGUAUUGCCACUACAUUACUUCCUCAUGGUGACAGGCAUUAUACAUAGUACUUGUCUACAAUCAUCUGGUUUUCAUUAAUUGGAUGAAAGAAGAAAUGUCCGUUUUUCCAAUAUUUUAGGCCGUUACCAGGGGGUCUCUGACAUUCUUCAGUCCAAAUGCACAAAUGUUAAAUACUUUCAGCAUGUUCGACAUUCGCUUGUUAGACUGGUUGAAGUGGGGGGGUUCUGUCUCAUGCAAAUGCUGAGUACAGCUUUCAUUACCGUGAUGGGGAAGGGCAACUAAGCGAGUGGCUGCACAGUGUUGCCAAUUUAGCGACUUCGUUGCCAGAUUUCGUGACUUUUCCGCCCUCUCUAGUGACUAUUUCACCCCCCAAUGUGGUGUGUGGGGUGAUGCUCUGUGCAGCCAGACUGCAAAUGAAUGGAACUUAAACAAAGCCACCACUGGCUAAUUUAACCUUUUACAUAAUCAAGUAUGUCCCCCACUAAUGAAAAAGUAUUUCUAAUCCCAACAAAAUUAUUGGAUGAUUAGUUGGACUUGGAAAUACAGUGCCCAAACUUUUCAUACCAAAUUCUGCUAAAUGCUCAUGAGAGCAGGCUGGACGUUUAACAUUUCUUUUCAUCCAUUCCCAUUUUCUUUAACUCACUCAACACAUUUCUAACAUUAGUGUAAAUACAGUAGUCAAGCCCUCCCCAUGUACAUAAUGAAGUCACUGUCAUAUAGCUUUACUUGUGGAUAUAUAUAUAUAUAUGACUUUGUUUCCUGUCCAUAAAUGUUAAUAUGAAAAGAGUGAUAGAGAAUGAAUGUAAGAAAUAAAUAUUAGUCUUAAAAAAUAUCUAUAAUGACGUAUAUCCCUCAGAUAAUAUUGAAAGAAUAUAUGAAUAUUUCAUUCCUCUUUGUGGACCGAGUGUGUGUUGGGAAGAGUUGUUUUUGUGUUUCUCUUAUGAUAUGAUAUAUGAUAUGUUAGCUGUGGAAAUCCUGUUCAAUCCCCGCUCCUCUUUCUUUGUAUAAAGUGUUUUCGUGUGUUUACAUGGACUGAUAUGAAGGACUAUAUUUUUAUUCCAAAAAACAAAAAAAUGUUUUCUUGCCAGUGGGAUUUUUUGUGUGUGUGUGUUUGUCCCCAUUUCAUUUCUUCUGCCGGACCACUCGGGGAGGAAAACGUGUACUUUUGUGAAGCUUAGUCUCGCUUUACCGAUUUGAGUUGUUUUGGAAAAGCAUGGCGCGGUGUUUGUGUAGGUGUCCAGUGUGUGUGUGUGCGUGUAUGAAUGUGUGUGUGAGUUCCAGUACCUGUGUUGUUGUUUUCUGCAAAUCUGGCGAGGUUACUCUCCCGAAAGCACAAUGUUGUCUCAGGUGGAAAGCUACUCUGAAAGUCACAUGACUUUGUUGGUCAAAAUGCACUCCGAGGAGGAAAAUGUCAAAUCUGCCAGGCAAAAGUAGCAUUGUGUUGGUUUACACCAGGGGCGGGGAACCAAAUGCCCACUAUGAAAAUUCAAAAAACAUGUUAAAGUUUCAAGUAGUGAUGAAUGGGUCUUCGCACCCCCUUUUUCGUGGUAAUUCUUCGAAAAUGAUCGCCAAACUUUGAUGCCGAGCUCUGCCUACAUUAGAUGGUGCAGGCAGGCAGAAACGCUUCACAAUUUAGAAUGACGAUACCUGCUUCCGACUAGAUCAAGUUCCCUAAUCUCAGUUCGUCACAAAGUAUGAUCCCUGGAAUUUGCCCGAAAGGCUGCUUCGAACCACAAUGCCAGACUUCCUGUUCAAUUGCAGGCAUGGGUGAUUGAGACUUUUUUCCAUGCGUCCUGUUAUGAUAGACAUGUCCAUUCAAGUUCUUGUUGAUAAGUGAAACAGGUGUUGAGGGCUAAUUCUUUCACUUCCGGUGCCGCUACUGAGUGAGUUUUGAGUGGUUGCGGUUCGCCAUUCGCUAAUUUACCUUGUCGUAUGUAUUUUUCUCUAACCUAUCCUGUUGUUAUUUACUGACAAAAUGAACCCAUUUGCUGUUUUUGUGCUCAGGCCAAAGUGGCAUCCAAUUAUAGUGAUCCAAUUACAAGCCUUUUUAGAGUCAGGGCGUCAAUUACUCACGGAUUAUCACUAUUCGCUGCAGGACUUGGCCCUUGACACUGUAAAUAAAGGGAGUUUUGGGGCCCCCAAAAGGUGAUUCAUUUGUCAGAAGAAAAAUACCAGAAAACACUAUUCUUAGAGGGCCUUUGCACUACUGAGUGCUUGGGCCCUAACAGGCAACUCAUUGUGGAAUUAUUAGUUUCACAUUUGAGUCGCUGCCAUGCUCCGCCCCCAUACAAUGGCGAAAACUCAAUUUCCUUGCAAUUUCGUCUCACCUGUAUGUCUAUUAUACAUGAUUCAAAUUUGGUUUCAUUCAGACAAAUUGUUUUUAUAUUGGACGAAAAGCUGGAAAUGGUCAAAACGCAUAAUGUUCACUUCAAACCAAAAUGGCUGACUUCCUGUGUCUUUGCGGGUGUUGGCUAUUGAGACUUCAUUGGGGGUCAACUCAUGAUAGACACUGCUACCAAAUUCCACGGUGCUAGGUGAAUUUUGGGGCCUGGGGGAGCUACCAAGCUAAUUUUAGGAGUUCACACCUGCAGCUGCUACCAAAGUUAAGUUUUCACCAGUAUGAAUCCCCGCAAAAUUGGGUGAAAACAGGAACACCCUCAUAAUAGAGAUUUUGAUUUGUUUUGGGAAUUUCAUAGUGGGCCGGAUCAAAAUGCCACGUUGGGACCACGGCUGUAUGUUCCCCACUGAUAGCACUAUAUGGACAAAAGUAUUGGGACAAUUGGCCAUAUACAAAGCAGGGGCAUAUGAAUGAAUAAUGUUUUGUUAAUCGGUAACUUCUUCCUGAAUCGAGUCUGCACAUGCGCAGGAUAGAAGGAGAUUGAAUAGUAAAUUGCAUAAGAAGGGAGGGUGGGAUAGAGUCAGCAUUUUGUUUGAUGUGCUAUUUAAGCAUGUGAAUUUCAACGAAAACAAUAAUAGCUUCAUAGGUCCUGUAUUUUGGCUAUUUAGAUCUCCAUGGAGUGACUCUCUUAACAUUUAAGAAAAACACCUUGGUUUGGAAAAACUGGAACUCAGGAAUGCGUGGACAAUUUUAGUUCAUAUUUCCCGUUUACUGAGGCACCAUCGAGACAAUAUUACAUCCCAAAUACUAGAAAUAUUUAGUUUGGCAAAUUAUGUCGCCUUUAAAUCGAAGAAAACUUUGUUAAUCCGUUUUUAUGAGGCAUUAGGGGGGCUCUUUGAAAUCUCGGUGCCCUAGGCAAUUGCCUGUGUGUGUUUGCCAUAUGGUAAGCCCGCCCCUGGCAGGAAGUCAUAAGUGGAAGAAAUUAUAUCGUUGGUCUCUUUAUCGACCUUGCUUAAUAGAGCCAAACUGUGACCACAAAGUUGGAAGCAUGCAAUUGUCCAUAAUGUCUCAGUACGUUUGUCCAUAAAGUGGAUUUGCUGUUGAAUAACCAUUUUUCUGUUAAAAAAAAUAUUUAAAAAAUACUCCAUGUUUGGCAAAUGUAUUUGAAAUAGUAAAAUGGGUUGUUUUGCUUCAAGAUGUUAAUCAAAACAGUAGCGACCUCGUUUGUUGCCCUCCAUUUUGUCAAAGAGUACAGUCAUUUGCAGUUUGAACCUAUGCAACUCCCAAGCUUGGCACUAAAAGCAUGCAAGCGACAAGCAGGCAGUGCGAUCCAUGUUGAAGCAGAAAGCCCCUCUGAUAUUUGAGCUGAUGUUGUUCUUCAAGCCUCCUUGUUUGUGUUCAUGGCCCACAGACCCGCAUCAGCUAGAGCUGUGCUAUCUUUUCUUGUCCUUCUUCUAUUUUUGUGACAUCGUUCUAAAGGGAUGGUCAAAUAAAAUGCAAAUGUGAACGUCA